AUGUCCGACAAGCUCAAGCUCGUGGUUCAAGGGCUCUUACGUCCGUCCGAGGUGGUGAAAGCGGCCAUCGAGGCGCGCCUUGUCUCGAGUGAGGACAAGGCUCCUGACGGUAGCUUCAUGACAAGAGCAAUUAGCCCAGGUCGCAUCCGAGUGGAUGGCGGCUACGACCAGGUUGGUGAUGUACUCGUCAUCAAGAUGGCGUCAGGUCCUCCGUCGUCCAAGACGAGCUAUACAUUCGAGCGUGCAUUUCCUAUCUCCGAUGGAUUCUCAAUAUCAAUGGCCCAAACCUCGUUCGAUAGACUAGAUCCCGCACGUCAAUCUGGCCGUCCCCCGUCCAGUACUGCGAACACAGCGUUCGCCUUGACCAUCGUCGCUGAUGGUCAUCCAGAAGCCGAGCGUUUGACCUUAUUGACGCGGGAUUCAGAAGGGCUCAAGUCCUUACUAGAGGAAUACCGCCGCUGCAAGGAAAGUCGCAACCUUCAAGCUGAGCCAGACUACAGCUGGCUGGCAGCGUAUAUCGGACAUCCGAGCCGCCCGGCAAUACUUUCCUCCGUUCCCCCGGAUCUACGGAUGCUCCAGAAGCCUGUACACACUCUUCUUUCUCCGGCCAGCGCAGGAUUGCCUGGGGAUGAGGCGUUUGAUACAGCGGUUAUCCGAGAUGACUGGAUCCGCAGAAGAGUCAAAGAUCAUCUAUUAGCACAUGCAGAGCAGCGCUCUCGCCUCCGCAUCCGUGUGGGGACCUUCAACGUAAACGGCAAGAUGCCUAUCCAGGAUCUCUCUUCUUGGCUCCGCCACGGUCGUCUCUACGAGUCAUUCAUCCCCCCUCUAAAGGAAAUUUCCCCGCUCUCGCUCAGCGACCUAGCGCAGAGCCCAAUGAGCACAGGUACCGUUGAAUCGCCCCUCAACGUCAAACCUUCGGCAGCCGCAGAUGUGGACGACAAGGCGCGCGUCGCGGAGAAUCAAGACGAUCCAGAUCUAUUGGUGCUAGCCUUUCAGGAACUCGAUCUGUCAGCCGAGGCGCUGCUCUAUUCUACGAAGACCGUGCGAGAAGACGCAUGGUGCACAGCGGCUUUUGCAGCUCUGGGCGAGAAAGCUGUGCUGUAUGAGAAGCUCGUGUCUAAGCAGCUCGUCGGCAUGCUAUUGCUUGUGAUAGUACAAAAGCGCCUCAAAGGAUGCUUUGGUGAUGUUCGAAGCGCAUCUAUCGGAGCCGGUAUCAUGGGCAUGAUGGGCAACAAGGGUGCAACUGCUAUCCGGAUGACAUACACUCCGAACACGGCGGGGAAGGUGGUAACACCUCGCCCGAUUACAUUGACAUUCGUCAAUUCGCACCUAGCGGCGUUCGACGAGAUGUUCGACAGGAGAAAUGCAGACUUUCACGAUAUCUGCAAACGGCUACUAUUCGAAUCCGGAGCAACCGCUCAAGAACCAUCGCCACAAGAUGAUGUGCCAUCGGAGAACAGCCCGAUCACACUAAAUGUAUUUGAGACGGACGUACUUUUCUGGACGGUGAAACUUCAAAUGAAUCUACCAGAUGCCGACGUGCGCUACCUACUUUCCUCCUCUCAGGAACUAUAUUUGGCCCAACGCAUGCGGAAGGCUUUUGAAAAUUUCAAAGAACAUCCCAUCCAACAUGCUCCGUCUUAUCGAUUGACGAGUGACGGGCUGGAAGAUGAGCUAGGCUACGACAUGAGGAGGAAACCCGCAUGGACCGAUCGCAUUCUUCACACACAUUCGGCGAUGGUGGACGUAAAGCAGUUCUCUUACACCAGCCAUCCGGACAUAUCAAUGAGUGACCACAAGCCGGUUUCGGCAGACUUUGACGUUCGAGCAGCUUCGCUUGAUGCAACUUCAUUUGAGGAAUUUGUGCAGGACCUAUGGAGACAAGUGGGCUCUGUCGAGGAAUCAGAACAGAUUCCAUGGUUGAGAGUCAGCACUACGUUCAUCGACGUCGGAUCAUUCUCUUAUCUCAGCUAUCACAAACCAACUCAGCAGAGCUUGCACAUAGAGAACGUCGGAAAGAUUCCAUGCACCUAUCGCUUUGUCGCGGCAAAACCUGGCUCAGAAUUAUUCCCAGAAUGGCUCGAAACUGACCAAGUGUCGGGCUUGUUACUACCAGGAGAGAGUACAGUCGUCCACAUCUCGACUCGAAUUCAGAAGGCAUUGGCCACGAAGCUGAAUAUUUCACGGCCUGAACUUACACAUACACUCAUAUUGCAUACCGCAAUGGGCAAAGACCAUUUCAUCACGGUCGUUGCGAAGUAUGAGCGGACAUGCUUUUGUAAUCAUCUUCACAUGCUUGCACGACUUCCUGGUCCCAUCCGGGCACUGAAAUCCUUGGGUGAAUUGCUUCCUGCGGAUCAUGCCGUGACCGCACCAAGGGAAGUCAUGCGUCUAAUCAACUGGUUAAUGACAAACGCAACGAAUGUGGAGGGACUGUUCGUGCAGGCCGGUGACAGCAAACUGGUUGACACGAUCUGUGAGGUCGGAGUCCGCGGCCGCGCUGGCAUUUGGGAUGCAUUCAUCCGUUUUCUGAGGCUCCUUCCUGAACCGGUUGUCCCAGUCAAUCUGUUUGCCAGAUGUACGGAAGUCUCUAGUAAGGAUAGCGCCUUUGAGCUGUUGGAGGAUCUACCGGCCGUAAACUUGAAUGUAUGGAUCUCAACCACUGCGGUCCUGCACUUCAUCGUACAACAAGCAGCGUCAGCGGCGCGGAUAGAACAGCUCGUGGCAGUGUUCACGUCUGUAUUACUCCCGGACGACCCGACUGCGGAUACAUCGCCUUCCGCAACAGUACGUGGCAAACGGGCCUUCCUUCGCUAUUUCAUUCUUUGA